GAGUCAUACAGGUGGGGCUCUUUGGUGGGGAAUUCAGCUGGGAGCUUUGGGCUGUGGUUCAGGAUUAAAUACACCAGGGUUAAAGUCAGUGCACGUCUACCAGCAUGGGAGAGACAUCAGACAGUGUGAACGAGACUGUGACCAGGUCUGCAGAGUACAUAGGCUCGUUUCCUGUUGCGGACUGCUGUUUGGAUGAACAAGUUCAAAAGCUGCACUCGCAGCUGAAGUCCUUCAAGCGCUACAAGCGUAGACGCUAUGUCUCGAUGAAAUUCUCCGUUAAAGGGUUGAAGGUUUAUAACGAGGACGAGACGACUCUUCUGAUGGCCCACGCUCUACGGCGAAUCUCGUUGUCCAUCGCCCGGCCCUCGGAUGCUCAGUUUGCUUUUCUUGCCCACAAUCCUGGCAGCCCGGACACUCAGCUCUACUGCCACCUCUUCAAGGCCAGACACGCCCGAGCUGCCCAGUUCCUGAACCUGCUGAUGUGCCGCUGCUUCCAGCUGUGUUAUUUAGAGAAACAUCCAGAAGACACUGAGGAAAAGUUCACUGGGAAGAAGCCCACUCGUAGCCCCUCCCUGCUGAACCAAGGCUUCCCACUCAGCGUCAACGCUUUGGUAUCCUUCCGCAGGGCACCGACUCAGGGUCUGCUGUCAGAGGUCUCCUCCAAACCCAGUGCAGAGUCUGUUAGCAGUCCAGAAGACGUCUUCCUCACGUCACCGACUCUUGUACGUAAGCAAGCUAUGAGGGACAAAGUGCUGCGCUCGGGGGCUUACCGUUCCUUCACCUACACGCCUGUAAAACAGCGGCACCUGCAGGAACGCUUGAACGCUCCACAAGACAAGGGACAGGACAGUGUUCCAACGUGCAAGGUACGCGCACCAAGCUUGGCCGAAACCGAAGAAGCACUGGCUCAUGCCGUGUGGAGCUGGGCUGGCGUCUCUAGUCACUGCAGUUCAUCUCUGCUUGCUGACGAUGUCCUCGGUUCCUACUUGCUGUGUCCCCACCCCAAAAAUCCCUGUGUCGACUGUCUGCUCAUACGCUUCCCUUCAGGUCUGGUCAGUUUGGCUAUAAAGACCUCCAGCAAUGGACAACUGUUCCUUGAGAAUUGUCGUGUGCAGUUUGAGAGUCUCACAGCAUUGAUCGAGCACUACACUGAGACCAGAGAAGAGCUGGAGGUGCCUCUGAGUUGCACUCGUGUUAAUCACUGUUACGAAUGGGAAGAGAUCAAAGUCCAGAUGAAGCGCUCACCAAAACUGAACAACCCCAAGAAUAAGUCUUGGGUUUAAAUCAAGUUUUUUUUUUUUUUCUUUUUUUUUCUUGUGUAUAUAUUUUGUCUAGUUUUAGACUCUUAAACAGGGAUCUGUUCUACUUUUUCUAGACACUUUUAACCUUUAAUGCCACUUAACUCCAAAGUUUCUGCACUUGAUACACAAACACAAGGUGACUCUUGAUUGUUAUAUUUUUGUUCUAUGGAAUAUUUUUUAUUUUUUUUUGGGGGGGACCCUGAACCAUACUGACUUUGUUCACUUUUCAGACAGCCCUGUAAUUUUAGUGUUGUUCGUCUAAAUGUUUUUUUAUAACCCUUUUUAAACAUUCCUUAUGCAGUAUUGUGAACUAGCCUGUGCUGUAAACUGAAUCACACUUACAGGAGAUUACAGGUUAGUUAAAUUGUUGAAAUGUUGAAAUCUUGUGAAUGAUGUGAAAGUCUGUGCAAUCAGAUUACUCGAUGGUAUUUGUGGAACUGUAUUUCAAUAGCUCUAAUCAAAUUUUGACUUAAGAGCACUAAAUGUAAAAUUUUCUUUUCUAACGCAACCCGACCUUUUAUUGUGAUUUUAUCAGCUUUAUUACUGAAGCACUUUCCUAAGAGAAUCUCAUAUCUCUUGGAAUUCUAUAUAAAUGCUAAAACAAACAGCAA